AACGAGGCGUGUAUUUGGGACGCGGCCAGCGCGAUUUGUUUUGAAGGCAGAAAGCAUGGACGCCGGUGAGAGGAGGAAUGUUCGUUCUUCUAAAACCAACAAGAAAGGUGGGAAAGGACCUCAGGUGAGGUCAGCUGCGGAGGAAGCCAAGAGGCGGGAGGUUUUGAAGGAGGCGCUGAGGGAGAAGUUGGAGUUGGAGCAGAGGGCUCUUCAGGUGGUGGAGAGACUCCUGGACGAUAGUGUGACGGAGGAGUUUCUUAUUGACUGUGCGCGAAUGAUCACCCCAGCCAACUACAAAGAUGCAGUGGAAGAGCGCUCUAUAGUGAAGAUGUGUGGAUAUCCUGUUUGUCCGAACAAGCUGACCAAUGUUCCAGCUCAACAAUAUAAAAUCUCCACCAAGACCAAUAAGGUGUAUGACAUCACAGAACGUAAGUGUUUUUGUAGCAAUUUCUGCUACAAAGCCUCAAAAUGUUUUGAGGUCCAGAUCUCAAAGUCACCACUCUGGCUGAGGAAGGAGGAGAGACCUCCAGACAUCAAGCUGAUGAAGAAGGGAGACGGAGGCAGCUCCGGUUUGGAGGUGAAGCUCACAGAUAAACCCGUGAGCGAAGCGGACAUUGAGAAUCCAGUCUCAGAACCAGCAGAGGUUCAUGGAGGCUCCAGCGGUCCGAGCGACAGCAGUGAUGUAGAGCAGGACUUUGUGUCCAGCGUGGUGGCCAAAGAGGGGUCGAAAGCUAUAGUGCACUGGGGUAAACUGCCCAAACGUGAUGGAGGGAGCGAAGAGGAGCAGUUACGUGAAGGACAAAUUGUAAAGGAUAAACAAGAGCAAAAUCUGAAGCCACAAGAAGAAAACCAUGAUGAAGCCAAUAAACCCUCCAGGUGUUCUCCAGAACGCAAUGACGUGCAUAGCUUCCCAUCUGCGCCAGACAGAGAUACACCAGUGGAGGAAACUAGGAAGCUUUUGGACCAGUUUGCUCUCUCAGACAGGUCGGUUACACCACAGAACGCUGCUGCUGAUGUAACUCCUGAGAUUUGUGAUGCGAAUGCAAACACCAAAGAUGCUCCUGACACCAACCUAAACAUCUCUCACGUUGGUAUGAGUAAGAAGAGUGCUGCUGGACUCAAAAGCCUGCUGAAGAACCACAUAAAAGCAAAGACCGAAGCUUCACCGGUCACGCUCAGCCUGCUAGAAAGCCUCAGAGUCACUCUGACGGAGUGGAGAACCGAGGAGACCAUGACGUUUCUGCAUGGACCUGAUUACACUUCACAGACUGAACCCACAUCACAGAGUGAGGAAGAAGAGGAGCUGGACGAAGACGAUCUUGAGGACGUAGUGGAGAAACCUGCACCCCCCGCAGGACGUCAGGCCAGGCCCACCGCAGCAGCUCCUGAUUACGAAACCCUGAGGAAAGAGACCGAGUUGAUGGACGUCAGGGUGCAGGAAUUCUACAAAGGAGUCUGCGUCCUGCCUGAGGAGCUCACAGCAGAUAAAGGCACAGAGGAUGUUGAUAAAGAUCCUCCUCUGCCGCCGGUGGAUUCUCACGCUCAGCGUCUCCUCCAGAAGCGCAUAGUAGUGGAGAAGCUCAGCAGAAGCUUGCGAGACGUUGUGGGGCCCCUGCAUGUGACCAUGAGCGAGAUUAUCAACGACAUCAACAACUUGGUCAGAACUUUCAGAUUCACAAAUGUUAACAUCAUUCACAAGCCUCCUGAGUGGACCCUGAUCUCAGUCGUUCUUCUGUCAGUGUUAACGGAAGUGUCCCCGCUGCUGAAGGAGUCGAUGGCCAAGGCGUCUUCCGUGGAGUACAUCUCCUCCCUCAUGAAGGAGCUCAGACUGACGGAGCAGGAUCUACAGAGCCUCGUACAGCUCUUCAAACCCAGCAGACACACAUCCUCCACACACCCACACUAAAUCAAGCAGUGCUGAAUUCAAUUGAUUGAAAUAUGUUGAUCUGUUCCAUAUGAAUAAAAUGAUUUAUUAAUAUCAUGUCGA